GCAUUCACGCCCGGCCGCGUCUCUCUGGCGCUUGCGGACGCGUUGACGUGUCACGUCUCAAAGCAGAACCAGCUUGAAAUCAAGAGGGACCGCGACUGGCCGUGGAUAUACGACAUGCUGGACUGGGGCUACCCCUCUGGCUGGGUUUCGACCAAAGCUCGCUAA